AUGCGAAAUUUGAGGAUAACGGAUGCUGUGAUAGCUACGUUCGAUCAAAAUGAGGAGUUUAGAGAUUGUGAGAAAUUGAUAGACGAUUUCUCGACGGGAGCCGUUUUUGUGGCCACGAGAAAAGCCCUGAUCUUCUUGGAUGAGAAAUUGCAGCGAAUCGCCUCCCUCAACUGGAGUGAUGAACGAGGAAGCACAAACUUAGUCGACCUUCACUUCAUGGCCGAAAAUGAUGAACUCUACGCAGUUUUCGAGAAUGGAAUCGUGUUAACAAUUUCAGUGGCAUCAAAAGAGUUGAUCAACGAUGCGGCCCUUCUGGGAUGUGAGGUACGCGCGGCCGGAUGGAGUCCCGAUAACGAGAAUCUGGUCGUUGUUGGGGAUGAUCUUGUUUACUACUUUGAUCGAAUGCUCACGCUUGUUGCUGAGAGUCCACUAAUCGGCGAAUCGAGGGGAAAAGAUGAAUUGGUGACAGUGGGAUGGGGAAGUCGAGAGACACAAUUUCAGGGAUCAGUUGGAAAGGAUGCUCGAAACAAACGAGAAGUCAACCGAAAAGCGUAUGCCGACGAUUCGGGAGAGAUUUAUGUUUCUUGGCGAGGCGAUGCUCAAUAUGUAGCCAUCUCCUAUUUGGAUUGCUUGAAUGAGGAGCGACGAGUGGCUAUUUUCAAUCGAGACGGUGAGUUGAUGAGUCGACUGCAAAACGAUUUCUCACUCGAAGCCGGAGUUGCGAUGAGACCAUUUGGGAACUAUAUUGCAACAACAAGACGACAUGAAAAUGGCUCUCGUUCCAUGUGCUUCUUCGAACGAAAUGGAGAAUUUCGACACGAGGCUCGCCUGUUUGGAGAAAAUGGGAUAAGAAAACGCUUUCAAUGGGACUCCGAAGCAUCGGUGUUAGCAUUCGAAAUGAAAUGUGAUGAAAUGACAUAUUUGGAGCUUUGGGUCGUUAGUAACUAUGAUUGGGCGAUGAAGUUACGGAUUUCUUUUCACGAAGAUAUAAAAGCUUGGCAUUGGUCCUCUACACAAGCGAGACGAUUGUGGAUACUGGAGGAAACGGGUUUGAGAAGAAUCGACUUUUCUUUGGAUUACGAUGUUGUUGAUGGAGUUGUGAUCGCUAUUGCUACAGAUUCUCUUCGUGUCACCGAUUUGGCCAGGGCCCCAGUCCCUCCACCGCUGUGCAAUUACUCGUUGAAACUUCGAUCUCCUAUUCAGCUACUUAUCCACCAAGAGAAAGGAUUAGCCGUUGUCUAUGAUGAUUUCACCAUUCAAUAUUGGAAAAAUACCGUUGAUGGAUUCCAAAGUUGUGCCUUAGUUACUCCGAAAUUUGACGUCACUAUGCCUAAAACUGCCACAGCGGGCACGUUUUGUGGGGAUUCCAUUGUGUUGGCGUUUAAUGAACCCGGAGGAUCUUUGAUCAGUUAUAUCGACAAAGACGGAACGAUAGAAAGGACCUCUCGAGUUGAGCACUGUGUAACUGGAUUGCGGCAAAGCGGCGACAACAAUUUGAUUGCCAUUUUGGCAACCGGAGAACUCGUGAAUGUCAAUGAGAAAAGAACGGUUUACAAGCAAUCACUGCCCAUUUCUCGAUUCGAGUUUUAUCAGGAUCACUUGCUCGUUCUUGCGUCGAAUCGUUUAUUUGUUGACAAUCGAGAAAUUGCAAAAGAUGUAUUUUCGUUUCUUGUCCGGCAAUCUAUGAUUCUUUACAUCUCUUUGUCGUCGAAGUUGUGCAUUUUGGAUGCAAAUAAUGCGUAUCGGCCUUUUACUGAAGAAAGAGCUGUCGAAGCGGGGAGCCUCUUGGUGGGAUGUGCUCGCGAGCCAGGCACCUCGGUAGUGAUGCAAAUGCCUCGGGGAAAUCUUGAAAUGAUACAUCCACGACGUUUUGUUGUUCAAUUGAUCAAAACCCAAAUCAAUGCUCGUCAAUACGCCGAUGCUCUCCGUUUCAUGAAAAAGCACCGUAUCGAUAUGAAUCUCUUGGUGGACAACGAUCCAGAGACGUUUUUGAAGAACAUUUCCCUAAUUAUUCGAAGUGUUCGCGAUGCCGAUUUGUUGAAUCUCUUCUUGGCUUCACUCAACGAUGCACCGUCGGAGUGGAUUGAGAAAAAAGAGUGCAUACCGAGAAAGGUAGAAACGAUUUGCUCAGCAUUUGUCGAAUCUUUCUUGAAUUUGCCGAUUGAGACACGAUUGGAAAUGUUCACCGUACUUCUCUCAGCUCUCCUUCGUACGACACCACCGCAAAUACACGAAGCACUGAAGUUUUUGAGGGAGCACUCAUUGGAAGUUCCAACGGAAACGCGCGAGAAAACGACUCGUCGCUGGCUUCAUCACAUCGGUUUCUUCGUCGAAUCGAAGAUGCUUUUCUCGGCUGCUUUGGCCACCUAUGACCUACUCUUGGCCACCCAGGUGGCAGAGGCAACGAACGCCGACCCGAAAGAAUUUUUGCCACUUUUGAAUCGUUUGAGAAAGAUUGAACCGACCGAGUAUCGACGUUACCACAUCGAUUUGUCGAGAGAGGACUGGAGAAGUGCGCUCUCGAACAUUGCACAACUUGAUGAGAAAUUUGAUGAAGCGCUGGAGUUGAUACGACAACGAGAGCUAUAUCCGGAUGCUUUGAUCAUCUAUCAGAAAUUGCCACGUUAUAAGGAUAUUUGCGCAUGGUAUGCUUCCUUUUUGGAGGCAAAAGUGAAUUGGAUGGAUGCAGCAUUGCUUUAUGCGAAGGCUCACAAAUUUGAGGAUCAGUUGAGAUGUCUAGAAAAAACCCGUGAACCUCUGGAAUAUUAUGAAGUUGCGCAAAAAGUGGGGAGAAGCAAUGAGGAGAUUACGAUAAACCUUCGCAAGAUGAGCGCUGCUUUGAAGUCAUCGAACAACUGGGAAAAGCUGGCAAUCGCUUUGUCAUUGAUAUCCUCGCCAAUUUCCGAGAUUUGUGAUGUUUAUUGCCAAGCGGGUCAUUGGGAUAAAGCAAUCGAUAAAGCUGGUGACGAAGAAAAAGCGAGCUCUCAUGUGCAUACUUCGAUUGUCGACAAAGCUGAGCGACUCCUUUCGACGGCCAACGCAAAAUCGCAAGAAUUGAAUCGCUUUGUGGAACGCUUGAAGACGGUGAGAAAGACGAAAGAAACAAGGAUUGGCAAUUUGAAGGACGGAAUCGAAGACGGGCGAGAUUUGGAGAACAUCGACGCUUACAGUGAGGCGAGCACGAUGAGUGGAAUGAGCAAACGAACCGGAAGUAGUCGAGCGUCAACUACGGCAACUGCCCGCAAAAGAAAAGCUAUUGAGAAGAAGAAACGAAAUCUGAAAGAAGGCGGCGAAUGGGAAGAUGCGGCGAUUCUUUUGGCUGCUCAUGAGAUCUACACAACCCUUGAUGAUGUGAUACGUGACACCGCAAACAUUCUGAGGCCAUUGGUGAGAUUGGGAGAAAUAUCUUUGGGCGCUUCUCUACAAUUGGCCAUUUCCCGAUUCGAGACCCAAUGCCAACAACUCUAUUGCGUUUUCUGGCCGCAUCGACUCGCGCCGUGUAAUCUACUUGGACCAUUGCAUCAUAUUUACACGAUUGAUCACGUCUUCUCCCCACCUGACGCAAAUGGAAUGCCAUCAUCUUUUGUUCUAGAACCAGAGCUUUUGCCUCCGAAGAUGAGCACGAUAGCCUGGAAGUUGUCGAUUUUGGAAGGAACGCCA